UCACCAAGGGAACUACCUGUGAUGCAACUACAAGAAUCACAGACAAUGAUGAGGAGACAUACUGGAGUGAGAUAGAUCGGUUGGUUGAAAGCCGUUGAAACAACAAACUUGCGCUCAACAUCAGGAUUUAGAUUGGAAGAGAAGCGACUGAAGAUAAAAUGAAUUUCAGUAUGGACUCUGGCACAGCAGUCGUUCUGCCAAGGGGUGGAGGAGAUCUCUCUGAUGACCUUACCCUCACUGAUUCACCCAGUGGAGGUGUGAUAAUCAGGGACAUACAGAAAGACUCCGCAGUUGCAAGAAUUGGUACCUUGAAGAAAGGUGAUCAACUGAAUGCAGUAACAAUACAUUUUGACAACCUAAGUAGUGAAGAAGUUGGCAAAAUACUGAAAUAUGCUGAACCAUACAAAAAAAGUCUGAAAUUGAAUGCAAAAGGUGCAGAUUAUGGAUUACAGAAUUCUUAUAUGGGAAGUAGUGAUCAAACUUACUUAAAGUUGUACAACAGCAAGAUCAAGCCCCAUCUUAAGCUGGCAAACACAGGUACAGGUGCUGGUAGCCUAAAUAUCAAUGGAAAAACACCUUCAAUUGACGUAAGUAGACCGAAGAUUUCUUCUGACUUUAAUGCAAAACUACAGGCUUCACCAACUAUCGAUGUGAAAACACCUAACUUUGAUAUCAGUGGUCCACAAGGUAAAAUACAACUGACUGAUGUGAAAGCUUCAACUCCAAGGAUUGGAGCAGGAUUGAUAAACUCUGAGUUUGAUAUUAAAUCACCAAAGGGGGCAAUUAAGAUGCCCAAUAUGGAAUUCAAAGAUCCGAGUUUUGAAAUGCCAUCAUCAAAUUUGAAGACUGACAUAAAAGCUCCUGGGAUUAAGAUUAAAUCUCCAAAAGGGGGUUUUGAUGUUGAUAUGCCAAAUGCAGAUUUUCAAGCCCCGAAGUUUGAAACUCCUUCGGCCGAUUUACAUGGACCAAAUAUCUCAGCAAUUGAUACAGACUUUAACGUGAAAGCUCCAAAAGUCAAAGAUGUUGACCUGAAUUUAUCAACGCCAAAUAUUGAUCUUGAAGCUCCAAGCAUUGGAACUGACAACUUUGGUGCAGAAAGCAAAAUGAGGUUCCCAAAAUUUAAAAAACCUACAUUUUCACUCUCUGGAAAUAAACCAAAAGGGCCUGAACUGGAUGCGUCUAUACCGGAUGUGGAUCCUCCUGACAUGAAAGGGAAUUGGAAAAUGCCCUCCUUUGGACUAUCUGGGCCCAAAGGACCUGAUGUGGAUUUCGAUGCUUCUGUAAAAAUGCCUAGUGUGUCGGGUCCAAACGUUAAGGGAAAUUUUGAAAGUCCAGAUAUUGACGUGAAACUUCCCAAAGGGGAACUAGAUGCAAACUUACCAGAUGCAGAACUUAAGGGAGGAAAGUUUAAAUUACCUGGAGUAAAAUGGCCAAAUAAUAAAUUGUCAUUGUCAGGUCCUGAUAAAGGACUUAACCUACCAAAAGGUCAGAUAGAUCUUUCUGCUCCUGACAUUCAGGGAGAUAUCCGAGGUCCUAACCUUGAUCUCAAAGGCCCAAAUAUUGACCUCAAUGGUCCUAAUGUUGAUGUGCCUGAUGCAAAGGGCAAGUUUAAAAUGCCAAGUUUAGAGAUGCCUUCCUUUGGUCUAUCUGGACCCAAAACACCAGAUCUGGAUGUUGAUGGUUCCUUGAAAGGGCCUGGUAUUGAUGUGUCUGGUCCGAAUAUUAAAGGGAAUUUUGACACUCCAGGUGUUGAUUUAAAUCUUCCAAAAGGAGACAUUGAUGUCAAAAUCCCCAAAGCAGAAAUUAAUAAACCAAAAUUUAAAAUGCCAGUGUUUAAAAUGCCAAGUGCAAAUUUGUCAACUCCAGACACAAGCCUGAACUUAAAAGCACCAAAAAUGACAGGAGAUUUAGAUGCAAAAUUGAAGAAACCUAAUUUAAACAUUUCUGGAAUUGAAGGACCUGAUGUGAACCUAGGUGGUAAUCUUAAAAUUCCUGAUGCUGAUAUUUCAGCUCCAGAUCUUAAAGCAGGAAUCCGAACUCCUGGCAUAGGCUUUAAUAAACCACAGUUAAACGCAGAUUAUGAUAUGCCUGAUAUGAAUCUUGAAGUUCCUGAUGUAAAGCUGAAAGGCCCAGACAUAAAGAAACCUUCAUUCAAUAUGCCUGGAGGAAAUGUUUCCGUUCCAGAUGUGGACCUAAACUUAUCAACACCAAAGUUAGACCUCUCUACUCCAAAAGUAGAAGGAGAUUUCAAAGGUCCAAAUAUUGACAUAAAUGCUCCAAAAGUGGAUGGCUUUGGUACAGAAGGUAAAUUUAAAUUCCCAAAAUUCAAAAAACCUACAUUUUCCCUCUCUGGAAAUAAACCAAAAGGGCCUGAACUGGACAUGCCUGUACCAGACAUCAAGGCAGAUAUAAAAACUCCUGAUGUGGACCUUAAAGGAGGAGUUGAUCUUCCUGACACGAAAGGGAAAUGGAAAUUGCCUACCUUUGGACUAUCUGGACCCAAAGGACCCGAUGUGGAUUUUGAUGGUUCAUUAAAAGCACCCGGUAUUGAUGUGUCAGGUCCAAAUGUUAAGGGAAAUUUUGAAAGUCCAGAUGUUAAUUUGAAACUUCCCAAAGGGGAACUAGAUGCAGACCUUCCAGAUGCUGAACUUAAAGGAGGAAAGUUUAAAUUACCUGGAGUAAAAUGGCCAGGUAAUAAGUUUUCAUUGUCAGGUCCUGAUAAAGGUUUGAACCUCCCAAAAGGUCAGAUAGAUCUUUCUGCUCCUGACAUUCAGGGAGAUAUCCGAGGUCCAAGCCUUGAUCUAAAAGCCCCAAAUAUUGACAUCGAUGGUCCUAACAUUGAAGGCCCUGAUGCAAAGGGAAAGUUUAAAAUGCCAAGCUUAAAGAUUCCUUCCUUUGGUCUAUCUGGUCCCAAAGGCCCAGAUGUUGAUUUUGAUGGUUCAGUAAAAGCUCCCGAUGUUGAUCUGUCAGGUCCAAAUGUGAAGGGAAACUUUAACACUCCAGAUGUUAACUUGAAACUUCCCAAGGGGGAAAUGGAUGCAAAUUUGCCUGAUGCUGACCUUACCGGAGGGAAGUUUAAAUUGCCAGGAGUGAAGUGGCCAGGUAAUAAGUUUUCAUUGUCAGGUCCUGAUAAAGGUUUGAACCUCCCAAAAGGUCAGAUAGAUCUUUCUGCUCCUGACAUUCAGGGAGAUAUCCGAGGUCCUAACCUUGAUCUCAAAGGCCCAAAUAUUGACCUCAAUGGUCCUAAUGUUGAUGUGCCUGAUGCAAAGGGAAAGUUUAAAAUGCCAAGUUUAGAGAUGCCUUCCUUUGGUCUAUCUGGACCCAAAACACCAGAUCUGGAUGUUGAUGGUUCCUUGAAAGGGCCUGGUAUUGAUGUGUCUGGUCCGAAUAUUAAAGGGAAUUUUGACACUCCAGGUGUUGAUUUAAAUCUUCCAAAAGGAGACAUUGACCUCAACAUUCCCACAGCAGAGAUUAAUAAACCAAAAUUUAAAAUGCCAGAGUUUAAGAUGCCAAGUGCAAAUUUGUCAACUCCAGACACAAGCCUGAACUUAAAAGCACCAAAAGUGACAGGAGAUUUAGAUGCAAAACUGAAGAAACCUAAUUUAAACAUUUCUGGAAUUGAAGGACCUGAUGUGAACCUAGGUGGUAAUCUUAAAAUUCCUGAUGCUGAUAUUUCAGCUCCAGAUCUUAAAGCAGGGAUCCGAUCUGCUGGUAUAGGUUUUAAUAAGCCUGAGUUAAGCACAGAUUAUGAUAUGCCUGAUAUGAAUCUUGAAGUUCCUGAUGUAAAGCUGAAAGGCCCAAGCAUAAAGAAACCUUCAUUCAAUAUGUCUGGAGGAAAUGUUUCUGUUCCAGAUGUGGACCUAAACUUAUCAACACCAAAGUUAGACCUCUCUACUCCAAAAGUAGAAGGAGAUUUCAAAGGUCCAAAUAUUGACAUAAAUACUCCAAAAGUGGAUGGCUUUGGUACAGAAGGAAAAUUUAGGCUCCCAAAAUUCAAAAAACCUACAUUUUCCCUCUCUGGAAAUAAACCAAAAGGGCCUGAACUGGACAUGUCUAUACCAGAUGUCAAGGCAGAUAUAAAAACUCCUGAUGUGGACCUUAAAGGAGGAGUUGAUCUUCCUGACACGAAAGGGAAAUGGAAAUUGCCUUCCUUUGGACUAUCUGGACCCAAAGGACCCGAUGUGGAUUUUGAUGGUUCAUUAAAAGCACCCGGUAUUGAUGUGUCAGGUCCAAAUGUUAAGGGAAAUUUUGAAAGUCCAGAUGUUAAUUUGAAACUUCCCAAAGGGGAACUAGAUGCAGACCUUCCAGAUGCUGAACUUAAAGGAGGAAAGUUUAAAUUACCUGGAGUAAAAUGGCCAGGUAAUAAGUUUUCAUUGUCAGGUCCUGAUAAAGGUUUGAACCUCCCAAAAGGUCAGAUAGAUCUUUCUGCUCCUGACAUUCAGGGAGAUAUUCGAGGUCCAAGCCUUGAUCUAAAAGCCCCAAAUAUUGACAUCGAUGGUCCUAACAUUGAAGGCCCUGAUGCAAAGGGAAAGUUUAAAAUGCCAAGCUUAAAGAUUCCUUCCAUUGGUCUAUCUGGUCCCAAAGGCCCAGAUGUUGAUUUUGAUGGUUCAGUAAAAGCUCCCGAUGUUGAUCUGUCAGGUCCAAAUGUUAAGGGAAACUUUAACACUCCAGAUGUUAACUUGAAACUUCCCAAAGGGGAAAUGGAUGCAAAUUUGCCUGAUGCUGACCUUACCGGAGGGAAGUUUAAAUUGCCAGGAGUGAAGUGGCCAGGUAAUAAGUUUUCAUUGUCAGGUCCUGAUAAAGGUUUGAACCUCCCAAAAGGUCAGAUAGAUCUUUCUGCUCCUGACAUUCAGGGAGAUAUCCGAGGUCCUAACCUUGAUCUCAAAGGCCCAAAUAUUGACCUCAAUGGUCCUAAUGUUGAUGUGCCUGAUGCAAAGGGAAAGUUUAAAAUGCCAAGUUUAAAGAUGCCUUCCUUUGGUCUAUCUGGACCCAAAACACCAGAUCUGGAUGUUGAUGGUUCCUUGAAAGGGCCUGGUAUUGAUGUGUCUGGUCCGAAUAUUAAAGGGAAUUUUGACACUCCAGGUGUUGAUUUAAAUCUUCCAAAAGGAGACAUUGAUGUCAAAAUCCCCAAAGCAGAAAUUAAUAAACCAAAAUUUAAAAUGCCAGUGUUUAAAAUGCCAAGUGCAAAUUUGUCAACUCCAGACACAAGCCUGAACUUAAAAGCACCAAAAGUGACAGGAGAUUUAGAUGCAAAAUUGAAGAAACCUAAUUUAAACAUUUCUGGAAUUGAAGGACCUGAUGUGAACCUAGGUGGUAAUCUUAAAAUUCCUGAUGCUGAUAUUUCAGCUCCAGAUCUUAAAGCAGGAAUCCGAACUCCUGGCAUAGGCUUUAAUAAACCACAGUUAAACGCAGAUUAUGAUAUGCCUGAUAUGAAUCUUGAAGUUCCUGAUGUAAAGCUGAAAGGCCCAGACAUAAAGAAACCUUCAUUCAAUAUGCCUGGAGGAAAUGUUUCCGUUCCAGAUGUGGACCUAAACUUAUCAACACCAAAGUUAGACCUCUCUACUCCAAAAGUAGAAGGAGAUUUCAAAGGUCCAAAUAUUGACAUAAAUACUCCAAAAGUGGAUGGCUUUGGUACAGAAGGAAAAUUUAGGCUCCCAAAAUUCAAAAAACCUACAUUUUCCCUCUCUGGAAAUAAACCAAAAGGGCCUGAACUGGACAUGUCUAUACCAGAUGUCAAGGCAGAUAUAAAAACUCCUGAUGUGGACCUUAAAGGAGGAGUUGAUCUUCCUGACACGAAAGGGAAAUGGAAAUUGCCUUCCUUUGGACUAUCUGGACCCAAAGGACCCGAUGUGGAUUUUGAUGGUUCAUUAAAAGCACCCGGUAUUGAUGUGUCAGGUCCAAAUGUUAAGGGAAAUUUUGAAAGUCCAGAUGUUAAUUUGAAACUUCCCAAAGGGGAACUAGAUGCAGACCUUCCAGAUGCUGAACUUAAAGGAGGAAAGUUUAAAUUACCUGGAGUAAAAUGGCCAGGUAAUAAGUUUUCAUUGUCAGGUCCUGAUAAAGGUUUGAACCUCCCAAAAGGUCAGAUAGAUCUUUCUGCUCCUGACAUUCAGGGAGAUAUCCGAGGUCCAAGCCUUGAUCUAAAAGCCCCAAAUAUUGACAUUGAUGGUCCUAACAUUGAAGGCCCUGAUGCAAAGGGAAAGUUUAAAAUGCCAAGCUUAAAGAUGCCUUCCGUUGGUCUAUCUGGUCCCAAAGGCCCAGAUGUUGAUUUUGAUGGUUCAGUAAAAGCUCCCGAUGUUGAUCUGUCAGGUCCAAAUGUUAAGGGAAACUUUAACACUCCAGAUGUUAACUUGAAACUUCCCAAAGGGGAAAUGGAUGCAAAUUUGCCUGAUGCUGACCUUACCGGAGGGAAGUUUAAAUUGCCAGGAGUGAAGUGGCCAGGUAAUAAGUUUUCAUUGUCAGGUCCUGAUAAAGGUUUGAACCUCCCAAAAGGUCAGAUAGAUCUUUCUGCUCCUGACAUUCAAGGGGAUAUCAGAGGUCCAAGAGUUGACCUCAAAGCCCCAAAUGUUGACAUCAAUGGUCCUAAUGUUGAUGUGCCUAAUGCAAAGGGAAAGUUUAAAAUGCCAAAGGUUGAAUUGCCUUCUUUCCAAAUGUCUGGUCCCAAAGCCCCUGAUCUGGAUGUUAGUGGUUCAGUGCCUAGCAUUGAUGUGCAAAGCCCUAAUAUUAAGGGUAAUUAUGAAACUCCUGAUUUUGGAAUACAAGGUUCAAAUGGAAACAUGGAUAUUAAAAUGCCUAGCACAAAUUGGUCAAGUCCAGAUACUAACUUCAGUUUGAAAACACCAACCAUGACAAGUGAUGUAGAUGCAAAAUUGAAGGUUCCAACUUUCAAAAAACCUAAUGUGAAAAUUUCAGGAAUGGAACAACCUUCCCUAAAUGUUGGUGGUAAUUUGAAUGUUCCUAAGGCUGAAGUACAUGCUCCAUCCCUUAAGGGAGAUAUAGACCUUAAAAAUCCUAAAAAUGGUGUAGGUUUUGAUAUGCCCGACAUGAACCUUGAAGUUCCUGAUAUAAAUGCAAAAGGCUCGGGUUUGAAGAAGCCUUCACUUAAUGUGUCUCCAGGAAAUGUAGAUCUCAACCUACCUACUGCACAUAUAAAAGGAGGUGCAGGUAUUGACAUGCCUGAAAGAAAACUGAAAGGUGCAAACAUAGGUACUAAGCAUACAAAAAGUGGUGUUAGUUCUCCAGAUUUGAAUGGCGAGUUUCAUGAAGUUGGUGUUGAUGUGAACAUGCCAAAUCCUUCUGUUCCCAGAGUUAGACUAAGUACUGAUGAGAAUAAAUUUUCAAGAGAAACAUUUAAAAUAAGGUCAUCAUCUGUAUCUGACCUUGAUGAUGCAACAGCACAGGGAAAAUACAAUGCUAAUUUACAAGCAAAAUCUUCCAGCACAAUGAAUGUCAAUGCUGAUUCCAUCAGUAAAAAAAGUAAGUUCAAAUUCUCAAAAUUAUUUAAUUUUAAUCAUAAAUCAAAGGGAUCAGUUGAUUUCACAAAGGCCAGGGAAGCAAAUUCUUCUGGGACAUUUACAACAAAAUCUAUAUUCCCAGAGCUUGAGUUUUCUGUGUCUAAUAACUGAAGGAAAUUAUUAUUAAGGCAUGAUUGAUUCCUGUAACAGGUAUAUAAUCCUUAUAAAUCAGCCUCAGCAAAAGGAUUCAUCUUUGAUGUAUUGUAUUCAGCCAGACUUAAUAAAAAGAAGGAACAUUAUUAAAUUCAGAAUAGCAGUAAGUUAGGCUAUUCUGGAAUACUGACUUCAUCAUGGAUCCACAUUCAAAGUCUGUAGCAGGCAUAGUGAUUCAGCUGCUAGAGCUGCUUCCUCACAACAAUAAUGAGCCUGGGCCAGUCAUAACCCUGUACGGUUUAGAAAUUGCAACCUUUCCCUGUGACCACGUUUUCCUCUGGGUGAUCAGGUUUCCUCCCACAUCAAAAAGACAUGCAGGUUAGUAGGUUAAUUGGCUGCUCUCCGUUUUCUCUCAUGUGCAGGCUAGUGAGUUGAUGGGAAGGUAGGGAGAAUAGAAUGGAUGCUCUGUGGUUAGUGCAGUCUUGGUGAGCCAAACUGUCCAUUUUUAAGACUAAUUCUAGCUUUUCUGAUGGGCUAGAGUAAGGAACUUGUAUGAAAUUAAGUUUAGUAAAUGAACCCAAACAUAAAGGUAACCUUCUGGAGGAAUACUUCAUGCAAAAAGAUUGCUUCUGGAAUCAUACUGAUUGCCUACUUCCAUCCUUAUUUUUUGAGAUUAGGCCUUUUUCAGACUUUCCUUUUCCCUUGGAUCCUUGGCUUAUUCUAACUCGUACCAUUUUUGUUUUGGUGAUAAAUAUGUAGAACCCCCUGAAAAACACACAGACUUCAAAGAGGUGUGUCAUCGACUCUUUCAAAGGAUGCUAGAUAUCCAUCAGAAUAAAACUUUGGCAAAAAUUUAAAAAAAAAAUUAAAACCACAAAACAGUCAAAUCAAUUCUGGCAUUCUUUGAAGGUGAUACUUCUAAACUAGGACCCUGCUUAAAAACAUGCUUCAAUUUUCACAGACUCCUAAAAAUCUGCAAGUCAUUUUAUUGACAUGAUGAAGUCUAAAACUAUAUAAUCACAUUUUUAAUUGUCAAUCUUGCGCAAAACUUCAUACAUCAAACUUACAUUUAAUAGAAAUGACCAUACCAGAUAAUAUAUGGAAUAAGCUAAAGAUAUCUGUUUAAAAUAUUAAAGUGUAUACAGUAUAUAUGAGAGAGAGAGAAAGAGAGAGAGAGAGAGAGAGAGAGAGAGCGUGUGCAUGAUCAGGAUUGUAAAGCAUUUUCUUAAUUCUUCAAUAUCAAAUUUGAUGUAUAAAAUAGUUUCUUUAAAGUUUUGAAAAUGUAAACUUUGAAAUAUAUUAAAUAUUUCUUGAAAUGUCAGUCUUAUGUGUUAAAUGUUAUUGCUUUAUUCUAAUGUAAAAGACUCCAUUUUUAUUGAAGUAACCAUGUAAUAAUGAUAUUUAUGGGAAUAUUAUAUCAACCACGUGUGGGAUAAUUAGCUUUAAAUUGGUCUCUUUGAUGAUCAAAUUUUUCAACUCAGUUUUAAUAUGUUGCCAGCACUUUAUCUGUAUAUUCUUAAAUGGAUAAUAUAAAGGUUUUUCUUCAAA